UUUAAAUACAGGUGCAUGAUUGGCGUUCAUCAAUUUAGAGGCGUGUCAAAACGAAAGCGAGCGUUACACAACGAGGAAACGUUUGGCUGCUAAGUGACCAACGCUGAUCCUGGGUCAGAAUAAACAAAUCGAAGUUUAGAAUGGCAACUGAGGGAGAACCAACAGACCUGGUGAAGGUGUUUCACCUGUUGAUCUUGGCGUUUACAUGGGGCAUGCAGGUGUGGGUGUCGUUUAUUGCAGGGUUUGUGUUGUUGUCCAAAGUCACUCUGCACACAUUUGGUUUAGUUCAGAGCAAACUCUUCCCCAUGUAUUUCUACUGCUUGCUGGGCAGUAACACAGUCAGCCUGGCCAUAUAUGCUGUCUACCAUCCCAGAGAACUCUUGAACUUGCAUGAGACUAUACAGAUGGCUCUGUUCUUCGUGGCUGUGGUCAUGGCAGGGUUGAAUGUGCAGUGGCUUACUCCAGCUGUCAUUGAGCACUCCCUGGUGAUGAGGGAGAUCGAGCAGGAACAUGGCCUUGGUGGUGAGAUCGGCUUUUCCACUAACAGGGAGCGCUACAUCAAACUCAGAGAGCAGGAUCCAAAAUACAAGACCCACAGGAAAAGCUUUUACCACUACCAUGGCUGGUCUAACCUGAGCAACCUCAUAGGCUUCGCCUGCAUCACCGUCAAUCUCAUCUACCUGGCACUUCAUCUGUCUUCAUUAUAAUGUUGUUGGCAAAAAACAUACAACCAAUUAGACUUGUAAACAUAUUGCUACAUGUAUGUAAGGUAUGGAAAGGCAAAGCAGAACAACUCUAAUUCAGUUUUGAACAAGAAUUCAGUGACCAUAGCAUAAAAAUCUUACUGUAUAAAAUAUGAAUUUCUAAAUAAAUAAAAUUGUUACGCCUAUUUCUAGGCAUUUUAAAAAUGUCUAAUACCUAGAAACAAGCAAUAUAAUCUUCCUGUAGUAGAAGAUAGGUUCAAGCUUGUAAAUAUUUUUAGAGUUUUACAUGAUGGCUUUAUAUUUGAUACAAAAUAAUCUCAUAAUGUAAAAAAAAUGUGAUGGCUUUUAUUUUGUUCGGAUGUAAUAAUUACACAUGCAAAGAUAAACAUUUUUGGAGUGAAUCCUCCAGACCACAAA